CACAGCUUUUAAGCUUAUUUCAUAAAAUUAAAAAACAUUUACAUCGAUAUGUCGGCAUCGAUGUUGUUUCUACACCUCUGACCGCAACGAAACGCAUAGUAAAUAAUACGUAAAGUGAAUAUUUGUGAAGUUGAUGCAUAAUGCUAAUGAAUAGGCUAUUGCUAUCGAUAUAUCUGCAGCUGCUGCUGCUGCCAUUGAAACAAUAACAACAAGCGGAAGCAUUUCGUUCAUUCGCUGUUUUCUUCAGUUCGUUCGUUCGUACAACGAGUGUUGACUUAACAGCGAUGCAGAUGCAGAGCAUUAACAAACUUUGCAGCAAAAACCAUAACAAAAAAAACAGCAAUAACAACCACAACAAUAGCAGCAAAAGCGAUGAGCAGGAAUUUCUGAGCCACACUUGCAUUGAAUGAGAGUCCUUGGUGUUGCUGCAUGUCACGCCACGCCAACAUGUCGGACUAUUUACCCUGGACAGAACUUUAUGAAGAUAUACUGAACUUGCACUGGAAGUAUCUCGAAGCCGAUUUGGGUGACCAGAAGCUAAAAGAUCGUAAGAAUCUGGAAUAUUGCCUGAAGAACUUUCUUACCGUGGUGUCGCACGAUCGCAAAUUCUUUUUGCCGGAAACGGGGCAAGUACUGCGCCGAACCGUCUGCGAUUUGAAUGAGUUUACGGGCCAGCGAGCAAUCAUUGGCUUCGAGGCCAUCAGCCAGUAUGCCAGCAAUCUGUACACCAAACCGUGGCGUAAGGAAUUUCGCGAACUGAAGACUUACUCUGGCUCGUAUCAGCAUGAAGUGGACUCCAAUUUGUUGGAUGCCGACAAGCUAUUCCUGGCCAUGGGCUAUCGUCGCAGUGCCGAGGAUACGUUUGUGUUGGAGGGACCAAUUUGUCCGGACCAGGUUGCAAAUGUGGCACGCGAUGCCAUGACCGCCUAUGUGGAGUGCCAAAUUAUGAAACAGAUUUAUGCUAGUCUUCAAUCCACCGGCUUAAAUUGCACUUGGAAGGAGAUUUUCCAUUAUCGUGAACGCCACAUCUGCAACGCUUCCCAGGCUAUCAAGGAGAUAGGCGAGAAACUUAGGCGCAGAGAACAAAAACAGCAACAGCAGCAGCAUCAGGACCUCAUCAAUUUGGAGAACACGUACAGCAAUGUGACUCGUAAUCGCUGUGAAAAUUGCGUCACGGAAAAGCAAACGAUGCUACGCGGACAUGGCAAUAGUAAUCGCAAUGCUUGUGCACUGCAUCAGUCAGUCCCGCCCACGAAUCUGAGUUGCAUGUACCAGCAGCCGUCGGCCGCAUUGAUGACGCAUUCACGUAGCUUGGAGCAUUAUCAGGAGCCGCAUGCACUGUUGCCGCAUCGCCAUUCAUUUGAUCAGCAUCCCAAGGAUUGCAGCGUGCAGCAUCAGCAUUCGCAUUCACAUCCGCAUCCGCAUUUGAAUCCCCAUCUGUAUGAGGUGCCCUACGAUUGCUUAGAUGGCCUAAGCAUGGGCAGCACCGCAUCGUAUGCAGCCGUUACGGGUGGCUACAACGCACCCGGCAAUCGCAUUCCGUUGCCGUACAACAUCUCCAGCCAACUGAUCGCACAAUAUGACACGCCACACGAUGGCUACGCGAAUGCGGACCACAAUAGUAGCAAUAUGUAUGCCAGCAUUGGCAAACCAACAACGGCAUCAGUUGCGCCGCAUAGUUGUGGAUAUUAUGACACUCAUGUGCCAGUUGCUCCACAGAGUAAUCGACACUCAGCUAAUGUGGCUGCCAUGCAGCACAGACAGAGCACAUAUCCGCCGGAUGACCAUCUGAUUGCGUUCAAUGAGCAUGCGCAGCUGAUGCAACAUGACUUCAACGAUCCACGUCAGUACGAGCCGCGUUAUGGUCAACAAGCUAGUAUACCGCGCAUUCAGUCAAGCAAACAUGGCAUGAAUAGCGGCAUGUAUGCGCAACCAUCGGUCUACACCGGUGGCAAUUAUGACUUGCCAACGACGCUGCCACAGCCGCAACAGCGUCAGCCAGAUAUGUGUGUCUAUGCCCAGCCCAUGCCCAAAAGUAGCCGCAUUCGUGCACAGCGUGAAGCGGCGGAAUCAUCAGCAUUAGACAGGCCUCAGCGGCAUCUUGAUCAACUCAUUGAUCCCAUGGACAAUAAUCGCAAAGCGACGCACAAGGAAUUGAGGGAGCGUAUUAGUCUGACAGCUGGCGCAACAGCAACACCAGUGGAUGCCCAUUAUCAUCAUCAUCAACAACACCAACAUCAACGAGAUCGUGAUCUGAACAUCUCCGAUACAACAACUACCAGCUAUGAAUCACCCAGUUUGGAUGAGUUUACAUUUGUAAACAGCGCGUCGCCGCCACUAAAUCCCAAAGAACAGGAUGGUCUUGGCAGCUACGAGGCCUGGAACUAUGUUUUUAAGAAUCUUGACAACAAGGAUCGGGGCGAUCGUGACGAUUUGCUGAUGCAGAGUUUGGACCUCGAAUCGCUGACAUUAGCUAAUGGAGGACACUCCCCGACUGCUGCUAUCGUCGAAAAGCGACGCCCUGAGGCGCACAGUCAAACGGUCAAUAUGGAAAAGUCACGAGCAUUGGAGAAGAAACGUGAAGUACGAGCUGUACACGCUCCGCCUCCAACACCAGCUCUCAACAGCAGCAGCGCGGGUGUGAAGAAAGUGAAAUCUGCAUUAAAAACAGCUACAAUUGACAAUCGCGCAACUGGCUCUAGAGUGGAGACAAACACGGGCGCCAUAGCAAAAACCUCUGCUGGUCGAAAUCGAAAGAACUCAACUGGCGCUGUGGCUAAACAACCGCCACCUGUGUCCACGCAACUGAUUGUGACCAGUCCAAAUGAAUGGAGUUGUCGCUUCUGCACGUUUCUGAAUCCUGACACUACACGCGUCUGCGCGAUGUGCUCGCACAGCAAGGAUUUUAAUAUGGAGGCCGCGGCGAGUGUAUCGCAGCAUGCCUCAUCCACCUGUGUCUAGCACCCAAGAAAAUGAUGAUUAGUUAAAAUUUUACUCUACGUGAUAUAAACACAGUAUAGAGUUUGAAUAUACCCUACGUGUACAUCUAUAUAUAUAUGUUUAUAAUAUAUGUAUGUAUAGAUAUCUAUUUUUUAUACGAAAUUGUCAUUUAGAACUGUGUGUGCAUGUUGAUAUACAUAGAAUGAAGGUUCACUAGUCUUAUAGUCUUGUAUCCCGACCUCCUCUCAUUCUUCUUCAAGACCUGCAUUUGUACAGACAUAGUUGCAUACAUACGUUAUAGUAAUAUAGUGAUUAAGUUUAGUUUAAGUGGCAAGUUUCAGUUACGACUCGUGUACACAAAAAUGCUUUAAUUAGAUUGUAGACUUGUUUCCAUUUGUUGUGGGCGUCGCUUUUGUUGCAAAUGAUGUGCCUACACCUGGUAUAUAAGACGUAUGAUGUAUGUAUGUGUUACUAAUUAGUUUUAAUAAACAAAUAGUUAUAUCUAUAUAUAUAUAUAUAUAUAUAUGAAUAUAUAUAGACUUGUGUGAGCUGGGAAUGCAUGAGAGUACUUGUGAAUUUUUGUGGUUACAUUUAUAAUACUUAUAUACAUGAAUAUAUAUACAAACAUACAAUAUAUAGAGAGAACACAUAUGCGUAUAUAUGCAUAUACAGGCGAAGCAAAAAUUAUAUAUUUACUAUGCAUAUAUAUGUAUACAUUCAUAGUUUAUAAUAACUUUUCAUAAAUACCUUUACUACAUGCAGUCACAACAUAAACUCAACUCAAUUCAACUUGAACGCAAAGAUCGAGCUAAACGAAACGUAAACAAAAAUACAAGCAAAAACAUAAUAUAUAUAACUUCGGCAUGUCGAAGUUUAAAUACUCUUGCAGAGCGAAGGUAGCUUCUUUGAAAAUAUUUCAACAAAUCGAAUAACUAAAACAAAGGACGCCCUCUGCAACCGUAUGAAAAAUGUAAAGCAAAGUAGUACUGACAAUUUUUAAACUUAUAUUUUAUUAGCAGCUCCUUUAAUACAUAUAUAAAAAAACCUAAAUAUAUAUAUUAUGCAAUAAGAGUGAGAGACAUCUACUAACUAAAUUAACUGCAUUCACACAAACAAAAUAAGCCGACCCUUUCUAUGAUGUAUAUAAGUACUUGUGUAAUGCCACAGCGAUCUUUUAAGUUAUAUUAUUUUUGCCCCGCCCACCAUGCUACACCCACAAGACACACCCAACGCUAUGAAAGCCGUGAAAUAUCUUUAUUUGUUAUUGUUGUUGCAAUUGAAUAAAAAAUAAUGACGGAAUCAUGAAAUGAUGUUAAAUAAUAAAACCCUGAAUAAACUGAAUAAGCAGAAUAUUUUUUUACAUACGAGAACUUGAACAAGAUGAAUGAUAAACGUACCUUUUGUUUACAUGUUGCCUAAUUUGUUAUUAAUUUAUUGAUCCUACGAGUAGUUCAAAUUGUAUCAGUUGAAAACAAAAAAAAAAGAAACAGAAACCAAAACGAAAACAA